CCUCACUCCCCCCCCCCCCCCCCGAUCACCAGCAGAUGAUGUUUCCCCAAGUUUCUUCCCUUCUGACGAGCUUCCGCGCUCUGCCCUGGGCUGCCAAGGUGGUUGUUGCUUUUGCCCUGGCAGCUGGCAUCAAUCGCCUCGUUGCUGGCCCGAAGAAGCGCAAGAGCCUCAACGACCGGCUGGUCGUGAUCACCGGCGCCGGCUCCGGCAUCGGCAAGAUCAUGGCUUUCAUGUGCGCCGAGCGCGGUGCCCAGGUUGCCCUCUGGGACAUCAACUUCGAGGCUGUCUCGGCCGUUGCCGCCGAGAUGAAGGCUCGGUUCCCGGCUCGCAGUGGCUUUGUCCAUCCGGUUUUCUGUGACGUCUCCAGCGAGGCCUCCGUCAAGGUGGCCCACCGGGAGACACUGCUGCUCUUCAGCGGCGUGCCUCUGACCAACCGCACCCUGGCCAGCGACGGGGACCUCUCAGCCGUCCUGGAGUCCCUGCCCCAGCCGGAUCCCUCGUUCAAGGUCGACGUCAUGAUUUGCAACGCCGGUGUUGUCCAUGGGCGCCCCCUGGUGACGGCCUCGCGCAGUCAGAUCGAGCGCACCUUCUCGGUGAACGCCCUCGGCCCUGUGUGGUGCACGCGUGCCGUCCUGCCCGCCAUGAUGACCCCGCCCAAGGGGGCCUCAGCCCGUGGCGGCCACAUUGUCUACGUGUCCAGCGCUUCGGCCCUCGUGGCGCCGGCCGGCCUCGGAGACUAUGCCGCCAGCAAGGCCGCCGUGUCGGCCCUCGGUGAGAGUGUCCGCAUGGAGACCCAGGCCAAGAACCGCGCUGCGCCUGGCUGGAACGGCGUGCACACCUCCAUCAUCAUGCCCAUCUACAUUAACACCGGCAUGUUUGAGGGGGCCAAGAUGCGGUCGCGUGCCAUGGCCAUGCUCGAUCAGGACUGGACUGCCGCCCAGAUCAUCAAAUCCAUUGAGGAGGAGCGUGAGGUGGUUCCCCUGCCGCGGUCCAUCUGGAUGGUGUCCGUUGUUCGGGCCCUCUUCCCGACCCGCGUCUUCGACUGGGUGGCCUUCUUCUCCGGCUCCAACAACUCGAUGGACAACUUCUCCAGUACCCGUGCCCUGAGCUCCUCCAGCCCGGACCUUUGAAUGUGCCAUGCCUCCCGGGCACCCGGACAGAGAUGCCUGUGCGAAUGGGGCGCGCCUUCCACCACAUGUGCACGCCCAGGACCCCAUGUGCCUCGUCCGUCUGUGCUGGCAUUCUCCUGCUCCUCUCCCCGCCCGCCGCCUCUCCUACCGGACUUGCUGCCGUGGCGAUGCCCUUUCGGGAGCAGGGGAGGACGCAGAAAAUGGACCAAAAAAUUGGCUUCUCCUCCCGGCAGCUGGGCAAUCAUUCGCAACCAGCCGGACUGCUACCUACUUAUCCCUCUUGAUAAAAUGAAUGACUUCUUCUUUUGUCCC